CUUGCCAGAUCUGGUGAGACUCCUGGCUCCUCCCCCAAGUCAAAAUGACCCCCAGAAGGGACCGUUUUCAAUCACUCGGGACCUGAGGCAGCCACGACGGCCCGGUCAGACCCUCAGGAAAGAACACUCCGGAGCUGCUGCAGGAGCGGCAGGGACCACGGGACAAGCACGCAGGAGGGGGUCGGCUCCGAAGGGAGACUCCUGGCUUUCACUCCCAAGCCCUUUUUAAACCUCAGCCUGCCCAUUCCCGCUCCAGCCCGCGCGUCCUCGCUGGCCCUUCUCCGCGAGGACCGCGCCGUCACCACCUGGAAGAAACGCGGCCUGAGGGGCGGCCCCUCCCCCGUGGCGUGGGCCAGCCAAACAUCAAAUCAGACACAAACAGAUUCUCCAUCCCCUAAUCCUGUGUCACCAGUGCCUUUGAAUAACCCAACAAGUGCCCCAAGAUAUGGAACUGUGAUACCCAAUCGCAUCUUUGUAGGAGGAAUUGACUUUAAGACAAAUGAAAAUGAUUUAAGAAAAUUUUUUUCCCAGUAUGGGUCUGUAAAAGAAGUGAAGAUUGUGAACGACAGAGCUGGAGUGUCUAAAGGGUAUGGUUUCGUCACUUUUGAAACACAAGAAGAUGCACAAAAAAUUUUACAAGAGGCUGAAAAACUUAAUUAUAAAGAUAAGAAAUUGAACAUUGGCCCAGCAAUAAGAAAACAGCAAGUCGGGAUCUCUCGUUCUAGUGUAAUGCCAGCCGCUGGAACAAUGUAUCUAACCACUUCAACUGGAUAUCCCUACACUUACCAUAAUGGUGUGGCUUAUUUUCAUACUCCAGAGGUAGCUUCUGUCCCACCAACUUGGCCUUCACGUUCCAUAUCUAGUUCUCCAGUAAUGGUAGCUCAGCCCGUUUAUCAGCAACCUGCAUAUCACUACCAGGGAAUUAAACAAUGUUAUAUAAGAAGAUGGACUGUGCUUCAUUGUAACAAAUGUAAUGAGGCCCCAGCACAGUGUCUUCCAGGACAGUGGCAGUGGAGUGUUCCUCAGUCUCCUGCCUCUUCCACUCCAUUCUUAUACCUGCAACCUUCUGAAGUCAUUUACCAACCCAUGGAGAUUGCACAAGAUGGUGGAUGUGUUCCUCCUCCACUGUCUUUGAUGGAAGCUUCUGUUCCAGAGCCUUAUUCUGAUCAUGGAGUUCAAGCAACAUAUCACCAGGUUUAUGCUCCAAGUGCCUUUGCUAUGCCUGCGCCUGUGAUGCAGACUGAAGCAAUUAAAUGUGGAGCAUUCAUUACUAAGACAACUGGGUGGCUGCAAUCCAACUCAACCGAUUUCUUGUCCAGGGUUCCUUGAGUGACCAAGAUCCUGCUCCAAGGAACUGGCUAGAAGCUGCCCGUUGUGAAAUUUAGGAUUAGUCAGUGUCUCAGCAUAUUUAUUCCACUGUAAGCUGUCUAAAUUUUAUGAAAUUUGUUUUUUCAGCUGUUUUACAAAAAUUAUUUAGGUAGAUAUGGCAUGUUGAUUUUUUAUGUAUUAAUCUAACUGUAAUGACAUUUUAUACAUGUUUUAUCCAUUCCUAAAUAACAACCACAUUGGGAAUAGUGAGGUGUUUUUCAUUUCCUCUGUUUUGUGUUCCUUCUCAGGCUUUUAGAGACUAUGUUUCGUAUUCCUUUUUAUUUUAAUAUUUAGUAUAAGAAUCAUUUCAAUUCUAAUAGAAUUUUUAAUAUUUCUGUAUCUUUUAGAGCAUAGUAUGUUUCUUAGCCUUAAUGAUUUACUGCUAUUGCUUUGCUACUUUGUCAUUUAAUAUGCUUUUGUUUAAUCUUUUGUUACUGCUACUCCUUAUUUAAUUUUGUUUCUGCGAUAGCUAGUAGAAUUUAAAUAGUAUUUAUACUUAUUAUAAUAUCUUCCAAAUAUUAGAAAUACCACAGACACAAUCAAUAUAUUUGCUUUUUCAUGUGAUUAACUUGACUGUAUUAAAUUUUUCUCGGAUGCUAGUGAUAAUACCAUAACCUGCAGCAUCAUACAUUUGGUACCAAUUUUAUAUAAUAUAGAGCUACCUCGUGGAAUUUUGAUAAAAGAAGGGCUCCCCUCUGACAUAUCCCGUAACACUGACAUUCCACUGUAUUAGGGUGCCCAGAAUGCUUUCAUCAUUCAACCUUUCCUUCUUAUUUUUUACCAGUAUACUCAAUUAUAUAUGUGACUAAUUGUUAAAAGUAAAAUUGUUUUUAUAAAAUGCAAAUUUAUUUCUUACACCAAAGGAAAAUGUCAGGUUCUGAUUCUACAGCCAAUUCACAUUGUAAAAUUGGAAAAUGGCAGGGGAACUAUUGUUCAAAAGAUGUAGGACAAACCAGAAGAGCUUUUAAUAACUAAAGUUUCUGUAGUAGUAGCAGAAAUACCCCUUUUAUAUUCAUUUGCAGAUCUUCCACUUACUUCCUAAUUUUAGAAGAGAGGGAAAGCCCACAACUGGCAUUACUGUAAUCUCUCCUCCCUAUUCUGUUCCAACUGCGGAUGUACUCUCUACCCAGCAGCAGCAGCAGCAGAAACAGGACAUAGAUCCCAGAAUUUUUCCAAGUGUGUCAGAUAGGGUGUUUUCCUUUGAAACCAUGAGUACAUCUGCCAGUCCAGUGGUUUCAUGAGAAUGGUAGGAACCUGUGGAUGUAUACUAGAAUACAAGAACCCCACAUGCAUUAAUUAUUCUCAUUUAUAGAAAUAUAGACUAAGUCCCACAUGAAACCACAGAUGUUAGAGAUCAUCUUUUAAAAGCACUAUCCUUGAGAAUUAAAAAUGGAUUGUUUUACUGUUUAAAUAUUCAACAUGAUGCUAAACUAAUCCUGGACUGUUAAUAAAAGUGAUGUAUUAUUGGGCAAGGAUUUUUGAUAAUAAUUGAUACCAAAGUGUGUUUCUUCCACGGAGUUAUAUAGAUUAUAUGCAUUCACACACAUUUAUAUUAUGUAUAUGAACACAUAUAUAGAUUAUAUGUGUAGCCUAUAUACAUUAUAUAUACACAUAUACAUAUAAUUUAUACAUGUACUUUUAGAAUUUAGCUUUGAGAUGCUUAUAGAACUGGAAUUUAUUGACAAUCUGAAUGUAUGGGUGAUAUCAUCUGUCUUUCUUUAUGGCCUAGUUUGAUAGUACAAACAUGCUUGUAAAAACAGAUAAAUUGAGAAGACAAAAUUUUUCCUUACAUGUAAGAAGUGUAGCCCAUUUUAUUUUUUCUACUUUGUAGUAUAUCUUCAAUCAGUAAUUUUAAAAAGCUUUUACUUAGUACAUAAAAUUUCAAACUAGUAAACUAAUAAAUUAUGGAUUUCCAAUUUGAUCAUUCUUUUUAGGCAUGCCGCUUAAAAUAGUAUCAAUUAAUGUAAUGCCAAGCCUGAUUAUAAUUAAAUGAAAGUACACAGUAACAGACUGGAUAAGACAUUUUAUUUAAGGUAUCACUCAUGAGUGAUGCCAUAUUAACAUCUUUUUUAAAAUACAUCUAAUUUAUAAAUUUUCCAUCUGUUGAUUUGUCUGUUUUCCUCAUUGAUAAUGUAUUUCUUAGUUAACAGAACCCAAAACUUGAUUUGAUAUUUCAUUGAUAAUUUUCUGAGUGAAGCUAGUAUGUCAACCCCAGGUUUGCAUUUCUAUCAAGGUGUGUACCCAUAGAGUAACUGUCAUUUAGUAUUUCUAUAAAGAUGUUACUGGUCAUAAAUAUCUUUUUGGUGUGCUUCUUCUCUUUGGAAAGCAGGGUAUAGGGACUAAAGCCCCUGUGUCCCUCCUCUGCUAGUUUUCUCACAUCAGUUUUUACUUACUGGUGGUUGCUCAUCAGAGAAAAUUUGGGAGAUUUUAGAUUGUUUAUUUCUCCUUUGUGGAGUAGUGACGAUAAAACAUAUCUCUAGAAGAGGGAAAUUCUAGGAGUUGGUAGUUUUUGUAUUAUUUUGUUGUAUAAAAAGAGCCAAGUUUCUUUCCUGAAGUGUACAGGCUUCAAAGUAAGUUUCCCAAAUUUUUUAGCAUUUAUUUUCUCCCAUGACUGACACUGACAAGUUUUAUGGCAUUCCCUCACAUCCUUGUCACUGAUGGGUUUUGGUGCUUUGAAAAGCACUUUCCCAGUGGAAAUUUCAAAAUGGAAAUGAAACUAUAUACCUCCUGUUUCAAGACCCCGUAAGCCUCCUGAUGGGCUCUUUCAGCCUGGGGACAAUUCCCUGUCUACUCACCCAUCUCCUUUCCAGCUGGCUCUCCAGGUACCUCACUCUAGUUUGGAUCAGUUGAAAAACAAAAAAACUGAGUGUGCUGACAUUUAGAAAGGCCUGCCUUUAUUCUGGAUUUCCCCUUUUCUGACCAGUAGCAUUCUGAGGGAUCUCUGUUUUCAGUUGUGAUAGGAUUUCUCCCAAUUUUUCAAGGAAACAACUUUUUGGUACAUUUUAUUAGUGGAUUUUGGUUAUGCAGAUUAAUGAGUUUCAUUUUUUCAGAUUCACAUAUGCACACAACAUGCUUAAUCACCUCCCCAUCCCUAUCGACUCUUCUCAUCCUCCUAAUUCAGUUAACCUUCUUUGCUAAAAGUGAUAGGGCUUAAGGAUAUUUAUUACAUACCCAUUUCUGUUUUCAUUUGCAAAUAAAGCAUUAAGCUAAAAUGCAAUUAGGAAUACUUAAUAUUGUAAGAGCUUUGCCCAGUUCCAACCAUAUUAUAAAUAAUGUUUAAAUUCAUAAGGUCUGUAUGAAAAAUGCUGAUACUGAGCUAUAUGAAAGUUUCUCAAAAGCAAGAGAGAAAAAGUAUCUUACCCUGUCUGAUUUCCCUAAAAAAUGAUUAGAAACCGUGUCCAUUAACCCAAAAGAUUUAAUCCCAUUUGGUAGAAUUUUCCACAAUAUAAUGUAAUACAAACUUCAGGCAGUAUGGGGAAAGAUAUUUUGGCUUAAUUAAUCCAGAUUAAGUGCAUCUCAUUCAUACUUCAGAGUACCACCAUGGUUUUUAAAACUUUUUCCUUCUUCCAUCUCUGAACCCCUUUAUCUUCUUAAACCUUUGAGUUUUUCCACAGUGGUUCCUAAUAAUGAUAGCGGAAGCAUUUUGGAAGUACAGGUAUGAAAGAGAACCAAGCCACUUGUACUUGAACAUGGAGUACAAUAGCCUUUAAAUCCUCAAUUAAUUUUGCUUUACAUAUUAUAUAUUUUGAGAUAAAUUUGAAAGGUGACAGGCAGAGAAUUACUUUUUGUGACUAAAUCCUAAAGAUUAGUGGAAUUAGGAAGGCUAUGUUAACACAAUUUUUUUUGUAUAUUUUUAUUUUAAAAGCACUACCGUGUUUCCUUUAUAAAGGAUGUCUUGGCUACAAUCCUAGGUAAUAAUGAAACGCAGACAUUUCCUAUUGCUCUUGAGCAGACUUGUAUUUGGGAGGACUGGAUCUGUCACAGCUGAGAGUUAGCUCAGUAAAGUAUAUUCCCUGUUAGGAGGGCCUGUGGUGUUUAACAAACUUUCACUCAUGACACAUUUUAGAUAAAAAUAUUUCUAAGUUCAUCCUUAAAUAUUUCAUACUAUUUAAUUGUCAGACACUCCAUUGUACCAUCAUUCUGUUUUGCUACAUCCAUUUGAAUAUAGUCUGGAUCCUCUGCAGCUUUAGGCUUUGUGGUUAUCUAUAGUGAAGUCCAUUCAUAGAAAUGCCUGGCUGUGAGAGCUUUAUUAUACACAGGUGUGCGUGCACGUGCGUGCAUGGGUAAAAACAGUGAGGAAGUAGACAUGAAUCAGAACAGCCAUGUGGCACCAGUGUCAGGUGUCUGGACUGGGGAGCUCAGGCAAGAGACAUGUUCUCAGCUUUUAACAAAUGGGUCUUUGCAGCUUGUAACAGAUGUUCUGUUGCUUUGUAAAAAGUAUCAAGCAAGCAACUGAUAAAUCCCCACAUGUAAUUAAUAGAUCAAACCUCUGACUACUAAAAAUAAUCAACUGUAAGGAGCCAAAUGCUCUUGGGAAGUGGGGUGGGGGGAGGGAUGAGAGACAGGAGUCUUUAAAAACAGUACUUUUUGGAAAUAAUUUGUGUUCUGUCCAGUAAAUGUGGACCACUUUCAUUUACUAAAAUGUCUAUUCUAAUCUCUUAGGCAGUGGAAGUCUGAAUCAGAAAAUACUUCAAUUCUAAAAUAAGGAAACAAAUUAUAGUAAACAUGAAAAUGUUUAAUUACAUUUUUAUCAGUAACCUAAGAAUAGACCAGCUCCCUAAUCAUACAGUGGAAAUACAGUUACUCUAGAAUUUUACCUUUUUAGAAUGCCCAUGGAAAUUUUUCUCUGAAACCACUGUACAAGUCAGCAUUCUGAGAAAUGUACAGAACGUAAGGUGAGACAAAAGGGCUUCUAAAGUACCUCAGAAAGACUUUAAUAGCCUGUCAUUUAAUCUUGGAAACAUGGUAUUGCCAUGUGUUUUCAAAAUCAAAGUCCAACAAAAACAAAUGUCCUGUUUGUUUUCCAUUCUUCCUUAAUAGCUACAAUGUAGGCAUUUAUCUAUCUUUGUAUAGAAUCUAUGUAACGUUUGCUACUUUUGGAAAAGGUUAUUCAAGAUAUAUAUAUAUCUCCAUGUCACUGCUUAUUUUUUAUAAUUUGAUGCAAUUCUAAAUACAGCGGUCAUUAUCAUAAUUGUCUCUAGUUUCAGCUCAAAAAUUGUAAAAGUGCCUAACGCUAAAUAUAACCUGAUGUCAGUUUUCUCACAACAUUGAUGUCAAUAAACUGUCUGUAAUGAUUACAGUA